UACAACUUGCCUCGAGACUGCUCUGGUUUUGGCGGUUUUGAUGUCGCAUCAGUACAGUGCUGUGGUGGACUCGUGAAGUGAGCGGUAACUUGAUGGUGAGAACAACGAACUCAAAAAAGUGUCUUUCCCAGGAUUUUUCAAACGGAGACCUAACCGCGCUGUCAUGGCAUUCACAAAGUCACCAAAGGUGGCCAAAGUCUGGAGGCCUUUUAACUUUUCUGUAUUUCUCUUACGCAAAAACUCUGACAUGACCCCCUCAGCCGAGCAAGACCUACAACAUAUGCAGGCAGGUCUUGGUAAAAGAACACUCUUAAUGGGUGAUGACAUGGCUCACUCAGAGGUGGAAAUGGACGAAGGCAUCUAUCUGUAGUACCCCCUGAAUCUGAGGGAUACACAGGAAGUACCAUCAGAAGCGCGUCUGUAGGUGGGAAAACCAUGUUGUACAUUGUCCCGUUACAGGAGGAAUUUGAUCUAGUACCUCUUGCCUGUGAUGCCCAGGAGUUUUCCCUCAUGCCCAAAGCUGAAUGCAAGAAUUGCUUUAAAGUUAUGCCACUGCAGCUUCUUGCUCUCCAUGUAAAACAAUGCGAUGUCCUGGAAUGUGACUCAGAUUCAGAACCAGAGCCAACACAAGGACAGUGCCCUGUAUGCCAAAUGGAAUAUCCAGUUGUGGAAUUGGAACAACAUGCAAGUUCCUGUAGGGAGCUGGAAAUUAACUCGAGAAGAGCUGCAGACCAUGAUGGCAAUUGCAACAUGUCAAGUGAAGCAAUGCAUUCUUUUCAAAGUUCAGAGGAUGUCUUGGACUGGAUCAGUUACCAGGUGGAUGAAGGCAGCACAUUUCCCCUUUGUGUGAGAAGUGACCUCUUUAAUAGAGGAAUGCAACAGUGGCAACGGCAAAAAAAAUCUUCCCCUAAAGGCAGACUGAAGGUUACUUUUUUGGGGGAAUCCGGCAUUGACACAGGUGCCCUGAGUAAAGACGUUCUAACAGAGAUGGUUGCAGGGAUCGAAAAAAAACUUUUCACGGACAGCUCUGACAAUAAGGGGAAAAAUCCCCUUUACUGUCUUAACAGCCUGGAUAACAACUACUGUACUUCAGGACUGCAGGAGAAGUUAUGGCGGCUAGCAUGGCACAAGGUGGACCUCUCCCCAACUGUAUGCGUGAAUGGUGCUAUCGAUACCUCUGCUCUGGUGAUUCAGACAGCAUACAGGUGUCAACCAGUGAUGUCACAGAUUUGGAAUUGUCACAGCUUAUAACUGAGGUAAUGUAAAUUAAGUUUAUGAACUCUGAUUCACCUUAUUAUAAAUCUUGGGAUUCGCGUCGGGGCCGUUUUACAACCUUGACCGUGCAUUAACUUCUGUGAACAGACCACCGUGUCGUCCAUUAUCCCUUACUUGUUAGUUCGUACCUAUUAAAGUUUAGUGCUAGAAAUAUAGUGUUAUUAUAUAUAGUGUUAACUUAUGUGCCAUCUCUUUUGUGAAACAAAGUCAACGCUAAAUUCAUCCAGGAUAACCAAAAAAUCCCAGUUUAAAAUACCUUAUCCAGGUUUUGUGAAAUCCCCCUCUGGAACUUGCAAUCUACUUCCUUGCUGGAGCGCUGGUGAAUACAGGCCAAGGUCCAUAGUGUGAAACUGACUAGUGAACUGACUUGCGACUUUACAUAAAAAUAUUAUAUUCUUGUACAAAUUUCCUUCUUUAGUCAAUUAUAUUGCACUGAGGACACUAUAUUGAUUGUACACUGAUCUGAGUGAUGAGGUUCCACAGCAUCUGACUGUUGGCAAAAUCAUGCAGUGGAUGACCGGACAAGCGCAUAAGCCCCUUCUGCCAAGCGAGAAGAAGGACUUCAACAUAUAUGUGAAAUUCCACCAUGAUUGUGACGAGAGUCAUACAAUUUGUUUUCCAACUGUUAGUGCCUGUAGCCGCACAAUAACAUUUCCAGUUGCUCACCUGACAACAUUUGAUGAGUUUAAAAACGUAAUGAAACUUGCUCUAUCCUAUGGGCAAUCCUUCUACAGAGUGUGAGCCAUUUCACUGUUCUUGUUCAGCACUUGGUUCUGUUACUUUGGUUAGUAUCUGAUUCUAGUAGGAAUUCAAAAACAUGAAAAUGGCUCUGGGUGAUGUGGAAGUAUACUUUGUCAGUCUGUUUGUCUGUGUUAUACAGUGUGUGUUGUUUUUCGGUGUCAACUUUUAAA